AGAACCGCGGUGUCUCUGGUUUAGAUAAGGAAGCUGUUGCCGCUCUUUAUAAAAACAGCCCAGUUAGAUGAUUCAGUUUCAAACAUGUUGGGUCGGUAGAGGAGCAGGUUGCGCAUGCGCUCUGAGCACACGGCUUUUUUUUUCUAAUUGAGAUAUGCUCGCUUUUCUUGAAAAUCAGCAGCAGUUGCUUUGAGGAGCAGAGAGACGGAGACAGCGGGAUAUCACCGCGGUUCACGCGGACAGACCGCCGGGCUGGCGCGCCCCCACCCUCCCCCCCCAAUGCGGGUUUUUCUUCACGCGUUUCUGUUUGAUGUCCUGACCGCCUGCUCCAGUCAGCCCCACUGAGAUGGUCCAUGUCAGAGAUGGCGAAGGGUCUUUUUCCACGAGCCUGGGUGAAAAAGUCUUUCUACUUCCAGGCUCGGAUCUCCUUCGUACGGGUGAAGUACCUGUUCCUCACGUGGCUCACCGUGCUGGUGGGCAGCUGGGUUCUCUACGUGCAAUACUCGGCUUACACGGAGCUGUGCAGAGGACACGAGUGCAGGAACGCCAUCUGUGACAAAUACAGGAGGGGGAUCAUCGAUGGCUCGGCAUGCAGUAGUCUGUGUGAAAAAGAAACUCUCUACAUGGGCAGGUGUCUCUCCACACUACCAAAUAACCAGGUUUACACAGGAGGCUGGGGGGACCACAGUGGGAUCAUCCGCUGCAAGCUGGGGGAGGUGGUUCGCUACGAGCUGGGCGAGGAACCGGAGCCACGGAAGGAAACCCCGGUGUUCGACAAACCUAACAGAGGCACCUCCGUGGAGAAAUUCAAAGAGAUGCUCUUCAAUCAUCUUAAGUCCAAGUUCGGAGAGCACGCGGACCUUCCCAGUCUUGUCGGACAGAUCCUCUCGGUAGCCGAUGGCAACAGAGAUGGACGGGUGUCACUGCCAGAGGCCCGUUCCACAUGGGCCCUUCUGCAAAUGGAUGAGGUGCUGCUGGGUCUGCUGCUCCAGGACCGCGGACAUACUCCACGCCUGCUUGGCUACUGCGGAGACCUGUACAUGACGGAGCGGAUCCCCAAUGCGCCCCUGUAUGGGUUCUCAUUGCCCUGGCCUCUGGUUUCCUGGGUUCCUGGAGGCGUGCAGCGCACCAUGGACCAGUGGUUCACACCUUCCUGGCCUCGCAAAGCUAAAAUCUCCAUGGGCCUGCUGGAGCUCGUGGAAGACAUCUUCCACGGCACCUACGGGAGCUUCCUGAUCUGCGACCUUGCCGCGGUGCACUUCAGCUACACCGACCGCCACGAGCUCCGUCUGACCAACACACACGUUCUGGUGCCUGAAGAGGAGUUCAGGCGCACCAUGAGAGUCUCGAAGUGUGAGACGGAUGCCGACUGCGUUUACGGAGUGGACUGCCGGACGUCCUGCGACCCGUCUGAGAAGCGGUGCAGGCAGGAUCCUGUCAUGCCCAACCUAGCAAAAGCGUGCGGCAUGCUGAAGGACUACAUCCUCCGUGGGGCGCCGUCAGAAAUGAGGGAGGAGCUGGAGAGGCAACUAUACGCCUGCAUGGGUCUGAGAGGGAAUGCUGGACAGAUGAACAUGGAGCACUCACUCAUCCUCAAUAACCUAAAAGCUCUGCUUUGGAAGCGGAUCUCUCACACCAAGGACUCGUGACCUGGAGCGGAGUGGAAACAAUGCUGUGAUUUAUCAACAGAUACAUAAUGAAGUCAUGUCUUUCAUCUUCUUUAUGAAUCGAGAUGCACUUUGGGACCAAAUUCCAAUCUCCCGUUUUGUAAAAUGUCUAGACUACGAGACGAUAUUGGCCCCAAAUCUAAAUGUUUUUUGCUGCAAGCAGAGGUGAUAGCAUCAAGUGUGGGAGAACCGGAGCUGAAAGGCAAGUUUUUUAUGAUUUUUUUUUUUUUUACAACAAAAAAACAGCUAAUUUUUUAGCUUUAGCAUCCAACUUGCAGUUAGCAUGACUAGCAUAAAAAAAGUAGUCUCUGUAUCCCCCUCAGAAGGUACAUGCUGACCAGAACUUUGACAUUCCAAACAAACACAAUAUUCCUUCUCAGACAGACAUGGGGAGAACCUUCCUGUUAUCUCCAAGUAGCCUCACUCUCUCUCACUUUCUUUCCCUUUGGUUAAACCAGAGACACACGUCUUUCUUACAUCACUGUCUAACUUUUUAUUUGUUUUCUUCCCUUUUCUUCGCAGACCAAAUACUGAUGGUAACAACCAAUGUGUUAGGUUCACUGCCUCUGGAAAAGAAACAGAUUUUUGAGCUUCUUACUGUUCAGAGCUAGUUAAGCUGAAAAAUCCACUAAUUAUUUUUGCAUCUGUAUUUAUAUUUGAUAAAUCAAGUUGACCUACGUUUGGGUCCUAUAAUCUUCAACUCCAUGUUUGUUUUUUUCUCAUCAGGCAAGUCUAAAAUGGGUCUUAGAACCUUAUAAUG